AUAGAGAAUAAGUGUGAGGGCCAGGACUGGACCUGGGCAAUCAACUUGGAUCCCUGCUCCUUUCUUCUGCUUCUUGGAAGCUAUUAGAGAUGGGGUCUGACUAUGUUACCCAGUCUGGUCUUGAACUCUUGGCCUGUGAUCCUCCCUCCUUGGCCUCCCAAAAUGCUGAGAAUACAGCAGGAGGGAAGCAUGUCUACUUUAUCCAAUUUCACACAGACACUGGAAGACGUCUUCCGAAGGAUUUUUAUUACUUACAUGGACAAUUGGCGCCAGAACACGACAGCUGAGCAAGAGGCCCUCCAAGCCAAAGUUGAUGCUGAGAACUUCUACUAUGUCAUCCUGUACCUCAUGGUGAUGAUUGGAAUGUUCUCUUUCAUUAUCGUGGCCAUCCUGGUGAGCACUGUGAAAUCCAAGAGACGGGAACACUCCAAUGACCCCUACCACCAGUACAUUGUGGAGGACUGGCAGGAAAAGUACAAGAGCCAAAUCUUGAAUCUAGAAGAAUCGAAGGCCACCAUCCAUGAGAACAUGGGUGCGGCUGGGUUCAAAAUGUCCCCCUGACAAGGGAGAAAGGCACCAAGCUAACAUCUGACGUCCAGACAUGAAGAGAUGCCGGUGCCACGAGGCAAAUCCAAAUUGUCAUUGCUUGGAAGAAAGUGAGUUCCUUGCUCUCUGUUGAGAAUUUUCAUGGAGAUUAUGUGGUUGGCCAAUAAAGAUAGAUGACAUUUCAAACUCAAUGAUUUAUGUUUGCUUGUUGGAGCAAUAUUUUGUGCUGAAGACCUCUUUUACUUUCUGGGCAAGUAAAUGUCAUUUUAAUCAAUAUCAAUGGCGAAAAUAAAGCCAAAUUUGAAGUAAAGUGUCUGGGCAGU